AUGUACAAUAAUUCUCAAGAUCUUGAAGAUGUAUUGGACUAUCUAGUUAUACGCAUUGUUCCAAAGGAAAGAGAGCUCAAAGAGAUUUAUCGUGGGUUCGGAUGCAAAUCAUACGAGGACCGUAUGCGAUCUAUAUGCCAAGAACACAACGUAAUGGCAUUUCUCGAGGCAUACUCAGAUGAGCAGGCGAUGGCUGUUACAGAGCUUGAAUUGCAGGAGAAGCUCGUUGCAUUUCGACAAUUAGCAAGGGCAUAUCCGCAACACAAGAUAUUGCACACAUUUUUGACGUCAUAA